CCAUGAUCCGGAAACAGGCCAGAGAAAGAAGAGAGUAUCUCUACCGCAAGUCGCUCCAGCUCAAGGAGGCCGCACUCACCGAGAAAAGACAGCAAUUAAAGGCUGCUCUUGCUCUGGGAAAACCGCUUUCUAAGGAUUUAGCUGAAGAUGACCAGUUGCAAAAAGAUUUCAUUUAUGAUGAAAGUGAGCAAACUGAAGUUGACGAUGAGUACAGUACACUCAGUGGCAUAGCAGAUCCAAAAGUUAUCAUUACUACUUCCAGAGAUCCUUCGGUAAAGUUGCUCCAAUUCUCCAAGGAAGUCAAACUCAUGUUCCCCAAUUCUCUUAAAUUGAACAGAGGUAACUAUGUCAUACCUGAAUUGGUGAAGACUUGUUCAAGAGUACAAAUUUCGGACUUAAUCAUCUUGCACGAACACAGAGGGGUACCAACUUCGCUUACCGUAAGUCAUUUUCCACAUGGUCCAUCUGCCAUUUUCACAUUACAUAACGUUAAGUUGAGACACGAUUUACCACAGCUAGGUAACGUUUCUGAAUCUUAUCCUCAUUUGAUCUUUGAGAACUUCACUACAGGUUUGGGUAAGAGGGUAGAAACAAUCCUCAAACACUUGUUUCCACCAGGAGUGAAGAAGGACAGCUCCAGAGUGAUAACUUUUGUCAACAAUGAUGACUACAUUUCUGUAAGACACCAUGUAUACGUAAAAACGAAAGAUGGUGUAGAGUUGAGUGAAAUUGGUCCAAGAUUCGAAAUGAGACUCUACGAGAUCAGAUUGGGAUUGCCAGACAACAAGAAUGCUGACGUGGAGUGGCAGUUGAGGCGGUUUAUCAGAACAGCCAACAGAAAGAACUACUUGUAG